AUGACUGCAUUCAGCUCGCCGAUGCGGAAUGGUGCAUUCGUUCGAGAGUUACUUGUUUGUGCCCUGCAAGAGGGACCGGCCGUAGAUGCACUGAAGGAUUUGGCAACACGCUCCGCCUCGCAGCUGGAUCUGCAGGAGAUAUCCACGGUUGCGGCGGUAUGGAUGAUUCAGCGGCUUAGUGGCGAAUCUGCCCGCUGGGGGGCCCGUGCGCUGAGCAACUUCAAAUAUCCCGGGAUAUCCACGGCCCCGCUGAGCGGCCGGGGCGGUGAGCGCGCGGGGUCAGCCGGCUUAGCGGCGCUCAGCGCGCCCUUCGAUACCAACAGGAUAUAUCAUAUAUAUAACCUGUGUUAA